AUGGAUUUGGUUUACUUCAGCAACGAGUUCCCCAAGGAGGACCUGCAGCUAGUCUUUCGACGUCUGCACGCACUCAGCAAGGACACAACCCACCAUCUCCUGGCUCGAUUCAUCGUCGAGGCAACCAGAUCGGUCAAAGAUGAACUUCGUCAGCUUUCCAGCCAACAGAGAGACCUAUUCCCUCCUUUUGAGACAUUGCUGGAUUGGGUCGAAUUCACCGAGCUUCGCGAAGGCACUCUUUGUGGUGCCGUCGAUGGUGUUCUUUUGAUUGUCGCAGWAGUUGCGGCAUACAUCACAUAUGUCGAAGACCAUCCUAAUGAGCUGAAUGACCCAGCCAAUACGGCUCUGACUGGAUUGGGAGUCGGUCUUCUUUCAUCGACAGCUAUUGCAAUGUCUUUUACGCCAGCCGAUCUACCAAUGGCAGGUGCAGAUGCUGCGCGACUCGCUUUCCGUAUGGGAGUGCAUGUUCAGGGCGUCUCUGCGAGCCUUGAAGAGCAAGGCGAAAAGCCUGACACAUGGGCAUAUGUCGUUUACAACGUCGACGAGGCCACUACCCGGAAAGAACUCGAGGCCGCGCAGUCCAAAGAGCUUAUACCAGACACGGACAAGAUCUUCAUCAGUGCCGUCAGUCGUACCUCAGUAACCGUCAGUGGACCCCCGACCAGGCUGAAGCAAUUGUUCAACGUUGGAUCACGGUUCUUCCGGAAUUCCAGGUCAAUUGCCCUGCCCGUCUUUGGAGGCAUGUGCCAUGCACCACAUGUUUACGGACCAGAAGACGUCAACAAGAUCGUCGAGACCGACGCUAUGCACAAUCUCAAAAACCAGAGAGAGAUUAGGUUGCCAGUCUACUGCACCAGCACAGGUCGACCAUAUCCCGUCAGGACGUGUGAGGAGCUUUUGAAGGCCAUUGUGUCCGAGUUGCUCACUCAAGCAAUUCGCUGGGAUGAGGUCACGGCCGGACUCACUAGCGCGCUCCAGGUCAAUUCCGUCUCAGAUGUGAUGCUUCACAGCUUUGGGAACAGCGUUCCUCUCUCCGACCUGACGGCCGCCAUCGCCGUCAACCUCCCGGAGUUGAAACUGGAGUUCAACAACUUCAUCAAGUGGACAGUCGACAACCCACUUCAAGAACCAAAGCCCCGCACAACGAAGCAAGCUAAGCUUGCAAUCGUCGGUAUGUCGUGUAGAAUGCCCGGUGGUGGUACAAGCACCGAGAAGUUCUGGGAGACACUUGAGCAGGGUCUCGAUGUGUCCCGAAAGAUUCCAAUCGAUCGGUUCGAUAUCGAAACACAUUUCGAUCCAACCGGCAAGGAUUUGAACAAGAGCAUGACCGAGUACGGUUGCUUCAUCGAUAACCCCGGCUUUUUCGAUGGCCCAUUCUUCAACAUGUCCCCCAGAGAAGCUCAAGUCGUCGAUCCGCAGAUGCGCUUGGCGCUUGUAACUGCCUUUGAGGCACUGGAGCGAUCCGGGUACGUUGGCAACCGCACUGCGUCCACAAAACUGCAGCGCAUUGGUACAUACUACGGACAAGCUGCCGAUGAUUACCGUGAGGUCAACCAAGGCCAAGAGGUCAGCACAUACUACAUCCCCGGUGGAUGUCGAGCCUUUGGACCCGGCCGAAUCAACUACUUUUUCAAGUUUGCCGGACCCAGCUACAGCAUUGACACUGCUUGUUCUUCUGGUCUUGCAGCGAUCGAGGUGGCUUGCCAAGCGCUCUGGAAUGGAGACGUUGACAUGGCUGUUGCGGGAGGAGUCAACAUCCUCACCAACCCCGACGGUUUCGCAGGGCUUUGCAAUGGUCACUUCCUGACCAAAGGCCACAAUGCUUGCAAGACUUGGGAUGCUACCGCCGAUGGUUACUGCCGAGCAGAUGCCGUCGGAUCGGUCGUGAUCAAACGCCUGGAAGAUGCAGAGGCAGAUAACGACAACAUCUUGGGAGUUGUGCUCGCUGCGGGAACCAACCACUCCGCCGAGGCCGUCUCGAUCACGCAUCCCCAUGCUGGUCACCAAAGCUACCUCGCACGCCAGGUCCUGCGACAAGCUGCCGUCGACCCUCUGGAUGUGUCUUACAUUGAACUCCACGGAACCGGCACUCAAGCUGGUGACUUUGAAGAGAUGUCCGGUAUGAUGAAUGUCUAUGCACCCAUAACACAGCGUCGCAGUGCAGAGCAGAGCCUUCAUAUUGGUAGCGUCAAGUCGAACGUCGGCCAUAGCGAGUCCGCAGCUGGCUCAACCGCUUUGAUCAAGGUCCUCAUGAUGAUGCRGAAGAGCAUGAUUCCAAAGCACAUUGGUAUCAAGACCGAGAUCAACCCUCGCUUCCCCAAGRACAGCGCCAAGCGCAAUCUUCACAUCGCCUUUGAGAACACUCCCUGGGAGCGAAAGGGAGCCCAGAAGCGCCUUGCCGCGAUCAACAACUUCGGUGCCGCUGGCGGUAACACCAUGAUGAUCCUUGAGGAUGGCCCACUCAGAGAUCUCUCUGCGCUUCCCGCGGAUCCUCGCCGUACUCAUGUCGUUGCUGUCUCUGCCAAAACCAAGAGCGCAUUGACCAACAACAUCGAGAACUUGAUCGCUUACUUGGACAAACACGAAGAUGCGGUACAUCUUCCCAGUUUGGCAUACACAACCACCGCCAGAAAGUACCAAUACACCUACCGCGUGUCUUUCGCCGUGGCAGACAUUCCAACUCUCAAGAAAUCUUUGGCUGCCUUUUUGCCCAAGAUUCCAGACCUCAAGCAGGUGGCCAAGUCAGGAGCCGCUCCUCCUCUUGCCUUUGCAUUCACCGGUCAAGGAGCCUCCCACAAGUCAAUGAGCCUUGAGUUGUACCGUGAUGGUCAGUCCACAUUCCGCAAGUCCAUUGACCAUCUUGACUCUCUGGCGCGAAAGCUUGGGUUCCCCUCCUUCAUUCCGGCACUGGACGGCUCAUUCCCUCAAGACCAUGCCCAUCUUCCUGUCAUCACUCAGCUCGCGCUGGUCUCCACAGAGAUUGCGCUGGUUCAGCACUGGGCAGCUUUGGGAGUGAAGCCCGACCUCGUCAUUGGUCACUCCCUGGGAGAGUACGCUGCGCUGUACACAGCAGGUGUCUUGACAUCCACAGAUGCCCUGUACAUGGUCGGACGCCGCGCCGAGCUCCUUCAAGAGAAGUGCGUCGUUGGCAGCCACGCCAUGGUUGCGGUCCGCGCCUCUGUGGCCACCAUCGAGGAGUCUGGCAAGCCAUUCACGGUCUCGUGUAUCAACGGUCCUACCGACACGGUCAUCAGUGGCACACAGGCAGAGAUUGCAGAUGUCACCGCUACUCUUGAGGCCUCGGGCAUUCGUUGCUUCAAGCUGGAUGUUGCAUUCGCUUUCCACUCGUCGCAGACGGACCCAAUCCUGGAGGAGUUCGAGAAUGUGUGCAAGGGUGUCAUCUUCCACGAGCCGAAGAUUCCCGUCAUUUCGCCUCUGCUGGGCAAGGUCAUCUUCGAUGGCAAGACCUUCAACGCCACUUACAUGCGUCGUGCCACAAGGGAGGCAGUCGACUUCCUCUCGGCCGUGGGUCACGGUCAAGAGAUUAUGACCAUCAGCGAUGACACCAUGUGGUUGGAGAUGGGCCCCCACCCGGUUUGCGCUGGCUUCUUGAAGGCCAUCAUGUCUGGAGUCGUUGCUCUUCCUUCCAUUCGACGCAGUGAGGACAACUGGACCACCAUGGCGCAGACCAUGUCUACCUUGUACCGUGCUGGUGUCAAGCUCGACUGGAAUGAGUGCCAUCGUCCAUUUGAGCGCCAGGUACAGCUUCUCGACUUGCCAACGUACGCCUUUGACGAGAAGAACUACUGGUUGCCCUACAUUGGAGAUUGGUGUUUGACAAAGGGUAACACCUUCUACACCAAGAGCAUUGAAGCUGCUGCUGCCACCAACCUGCCACCCGCGCCCAAGAGUGAGAUCUGUACCUCGACGGUCCAACAGAUUAUCGAGUGCACCAUCGAUGGUGUUGCUGGCACAGUGGCGAUGCAGUCGGACCUCAUGCAGCCAGACUYCCUGGCCGCGGCCUUUGGCCAUCGUAUGAACGGAUGCGGUGUCAUCACAUCGUCCAUUCAUGCCGACAUUGCGUACACGCUCGGAGAGUACCUGUACCGCAAGUUCUUCCCCAGGUCCAAGGCCGCCGUCAAGCUCAACGUAGCAAACUUGAUGGUGACCAAGGGUCUGGUCGCGAACAGCAACACCAGCGAGCCCCAAUUGAUCCGCGUGACCGCCACGACCUCUGACRUCCACUCUGGUGUCAUGGACUUGACUUGGCACAAUGUUUCCAAGGACGGCAACCUCGAGGAGUUUGCCACGUGCAACCUCUACGUCGGAGAUGGCAACGACUGGCUUUCCCAGUGGGAGCCCAUGGCACACUUGGUUCACAGUCGUGUUGAAGCUCUCGAGCGUCUCGCGGCCGAAGGCAAAGCCAACCGCUUCAACCGCAACAUGGCCUACACUCUCUUCGCCAACAACCUGGUCGACUAUGCCGACAAGUACCGUGGCAUGCAAUCGGUCAUCAUGCACGAGUUUGAGGGUUGCGCAGAUGUCCAGUUGACCACCAAGGAAAGCGGUACCUGGACUGUUCCUCCGUUCUUCAUUGACAGCGUGGCUCAUUUGGCCGGCUUCAUCAUGAACUGCACGGAUUCCAUGGAUGCCGUCAACAACUACUGCGUCACUCCAGGUUGGAAGUCGAUGCGCUUCGCGGAGCCUUUGCUUCCUGGGUACAAGUACAAGUCCUACGUCAAGAUGAUCCCCACCAAGGCAGACCCAACCAUCUUCUUCGGAGACGUCUACAUCAUGCGUCGGGAUGAUCUUGCCGUGGUUGGCAUGGUUGGCGGUAUUGAGUUCCGCAGAUAUCCUCGCAUUCUGCUCAACCGCUUCUUCUCUCCUCCAGACAAGGGCGUUCCAGUAGCAUCCGCGGCAAAGCCUGCUCCAGCAGCCAUCAAAGCGGCUCCUGUGGUUCACAAAGCCGCCGCACCUAAGCCAGCUCCAACUCCCGCUCCAGCAGCACCAACUCCUGCUCCAGCAGCACCCGUUGCUGCUCCAGCAGCGCCCGUGGCUGCCGCCGCCGUGGAGGCGCCAGCCGCAGCUGACAGCAUGACCCAAAAGGCCAUGAUGCUCAUCGCCAAGGAAGCGGCCCUUGAGCUCGAAGAUCUCCAGGACGACGUCGGUUUCUCGGAUCUUGGAAUUGACAGUCUCAUGUCUCUUGUGCUGUCCGAGAAGUUCCGCUCAGAGUUGGACUUGAAGGUCAGCAGUAGUCUGUUCUUGGACUACCCCUUGAUUGGCGAUUUCAGAAAGUGGUUGGAUGAAUACCACAGUUAA